AUGACCAACAUAAGUGUCGAGAGAGAUUUCAUACUGGUGGGCUUCUCUGAAAAACUACAGCUGGAAAAGAUACUCUUUGUGCUUGUCUUAAUGUCAUAUAUUCUUACAUUGUUGGGGAACACAACCAUUAUUCUGAUUUCCUCCGAAGACCCUAAGCUUAAAACACCCAUGUACUUUUUUCUUACGCAACUCUCCCUAGUUGACAUCUGUUUUACCACCAGUAUUGUCCCCCAGCUCCUCUGGAACCUAAAAGGACCAGCCAAAACCAUCACAGCCCUGGGAUGCGCCAUUCAGCUCUACGUCUCCCUGGCAACAGGAUCCACUGAGUGUGUUCUCCUGGCUGUCAUGGCUUUUGAUCGCUAUGCUGCCGUCUGCAAACCCCUCCACUAUUCGACUGUGAUGAACCCACAGCUGUGCCAGACUCUCGCAGCAGUCGCAUGGCUGAGUGGAACAGGAAAUGCUCUCAUCCAGGGCACCAUCACCCUCCGGCUGCCUCGCUGUGGACACCGUUUGAUCCAUCACUUCUUCUGUGAGGUGCCCUCCAUGAUUAAACUUGCCUGUGUGGACAUCCAUGCCAAUGAGGUCCAGCUCUUUUUUGCUUCCUUGGUCUUGCUCCUCUUGCCUUUGUCCCUGAUCCUGACAUCCUAUGGGCUUAUAGCCAGGGCCGUUAGUAGGAUUCAGUCUGCGCAGGCCUGGCGCAAGGCCCUGGGGACAUGUGGUUCCCACCUGAUGGUUGUGUCCCUCUUCUACGGGAGCAUCACUGCUGUCUACAUCCAGCCCAACAGCUCUUACUCCCGUACUCAUGGCAGAUUCAUCUCUCUCUUCUACACAGUCGUGAUCCCAACGCUCAAUCCCCUCAUCUACACACUGAGGAAUAAAGAUGUGAAGGGAGCCUUGGGGAGACUAUUUCACAGAGACCUAAGCACUAAGAAAUGA